AUGGGAGCCUGUGCCAUCGUGACUGAUGCCAACAUCUCAUCUGGCCUUGGGAGCAACACCACGGGCAUCACAUUCUUCUCCAUGCCCGGCUGGCAGCUGGCAUUGUGGGCCACAGCCUACCUAGCCCUGGUGCUGGUGGCCGUGACAGGCAACGCCACAGUCAUCUGGAUCAUCCUGGCCCAUAAGAGGAUGCGCACAGUUACCAACUACUUCAUCGUCAACCUGGCCCUGGCCGACCUCUGCAUGGCUGCCUUCAACGCUGCCUUCAACUUUGUCUAUGCCAGCCACAACAUCUGGUACUUUGGCCGUGCCUUCUGCUACUUCCAGAACCUCUUCCCCAUUACAGCCAUGUUUGUUAGCAUCUACUCCAUGACAGCCAUCGCUGCCGACAGGUACAUGGCCAUCGUCCACCCCUUCCAGCCACGGCUCUCAGCCCCUGGCACCAAAGCGGUUAUUGCUGGGAUCUGGCUGGUGGCCUUGGCCCUGGCCUUCCCCCAGUGCUUCUACUCUACCAUCACCAUGGACCAGGGUGCAACCAAGUGUGUGGUGGCCUGGCCCGAAGACAGCCAGGGCAAGACGCUCCUUGUGUACCACCUCGUGGUGAUCGCCCUCAUCUACUUCCUGCCCCUCGUGGUGAUGUUCGUCUCCUACAGCGUCAUCGGCCUCACGCUCUGGAGGCGCGCGGUCCCCGGACACCAGACGCACGGCGCCAACCUGCGCCACCUGCAGGCCAAGAAGAAGUUUGUGAAGACCAUGGUGCUGGUGGUGGUGACAUUUGCCGUCUGCUGGCUGCCCUACCACCUCUACUUCAUCCUGGGCAACUUCCAAGAGGAUAUCUACUACCACAAGUUCAUCCAGCAGGUCUACCUGGCACUCUUCUGGCUGGCCAUGAGCUCUACCAUGUACAAUCCCAUCAUCUACUGCUGCCUCAACCACAGGUUUCGCUCUGGAUUCCGGCUUGCUUUCCGUUGCUGCCCAUGGGUCACGCCAACCAAGGAAGAUAAGCUUGAGCUGAUCCACACUCCAUCCCUCUCCAUGAGGGUCAACAGGUGUCACACCAAAGAGGUUUUGCUCACGGCUGGGGAUGUGGCUCCCUCUGAAGCUACCAAUGGACGGGCUGGGGGUCCCCAAGAUGGGGUGCCUAGUGAACCCUAA